GCUAAGCUGUCAAGUGAAAGGAACAAAAGUAGAACAAGGAAGGCCAAGCUUGGCCUGUGCUCAUAGCAAAACAGCUCUUUUUUGCAAGUUUGUAAGGAGAUGAAAUUCACUUGCAAGAACAACUUUAUUUAUAAGCCUGUUCUGCUUCUGUUAUGUUUAACCUUCUUCGAUGCUUGUAUCUCCAUGGCGUCUCAUGUUAUUUCCGCAGGCCAAUCUCUUUCUGGGAACCAGACAAUUACCUCUCCAAGUGGCAUUUUUGAGCUGGGUUUCUUCACACCAGGUAACUCUCAAAACUAUUAUAUUGGGAUAUGGUACAAAAAACUACCCCCUCAAACAGUAGUUUGGGUGGCAAACAGAUACCAACCUGUUUCUGAUACAUCGUCUUCAACAUUGCAACUUUUCCAAAAUGGAAACUUAACCCUACUGGGCCAAUCCAAAGCUGAAAUUUGGUCAACUCAUUCUAUGUCAGCGGUUUCUCAUUCCACCGUAGCAAUGCUACUUGACAAUGGGAACUUUGUCAUAACAGAUGCAUUUAAUUCAUCUGUUGUUAUAUGGCAGAGUUUUGAUCACCCAACUGAUACUUGGCUUCCAGGAGGGAAGCUUGGACAUAAUAAGCUUACAAAAGAAAAACUAAGUCUUACUCCAUGGAGAAGCCCACAAAAUCCAGCACCAGGCCUCUUUUCUUUUGAGCUAGAACAAAAUGGAACAACAUAUAACGAUACCUUUAUUAGAUUCAUGCUAGAAAUUACUGGUCAAAUCAAGUUUUAUGUCUGGGGGAAGGGCUUCACACAAUGGACUCUAAUCUGGAUGCGACCAAUUGAGCAAUGCGAUGCUUAUGCUACCUGUGGUGCUUUUAGUAUCUGUAACCAGCAGAAUGCUUCUCUCUGUGGUUGCCUGCCUGGAUUUGAACCCAAAGUCCCGAAAGUUUGGAAAUUAAAAGAUCACUCAAAUGGCUGUCUGAGGAAAACUCCUUUACAGUGCAAUGAUGUCCGAAAUUCCACAUUUCUGGUGAUGCAUGAUGUUCUCCAUCCUGUGAAUUCUGAGUCUUUGACAGUUGAGAACAUUGAAAAAUGUAGAUUAGCAUGUUUAAGAAAUUGUUCGUGCACUGCUUUUGCUUAUGAUAAUCAGUGUCUGAUUUGGAAAGGAGAUCUGCUCAAUGUAAAGCUACUACCAUCUGAAGGUAAGGUAGGAAAAGAUUGGCAUCUCCGAGUUGCAGCAUCUGACAAUGAGUAUCAAAAGAUAGGGUCUACCAUUAAGAUAAAGAGGAAGACUACUUGGAUUGUAAUUGGUGUACUUUUAGGUUUCACCUUUAUCUUGACAAUUGUCAUGAUAUUAGUCAGAAGGAGACAGUCGGAAGGAGCAUUGGAGACAGUUGAUGAUUCUUUAGUGUUGUUCAAGUAUAGAGAUUUAAGAAGAGCAACAAAGAACUUCUCAGAAAAACUUGGGGAAGGAGCUUUCGGUUCUGUCUUCAAGGGGGUAUUGCCUGAUUCAACUGCCAUAGCAGUGAAGGAACUUAAAAGUCUGAACCAGGGAGAGAAGCAAUUCCGCAAUGAAGUGAGAACUAUUGGUUCAAUCCAACACAUUAACCUUGUUCGUCUCUGGGGAUUUUGUGCAGAAGCUUCAAAAAGAAUUUUAGUCUAUGAUUACAUGCCGAAUGGUUCUCUUCAAUCUCUCUUGUUUCAAAAGAAUGCGAUAAUCCUAGAUUGGAAGGCCAGAUAUCAUAUUGCAAUUGGCGCUGCCAGAGGAUUGGCUUAUCUCCAUGAGGAUUGUAGAGAGUGUAUCAUACACUGUGACAUUAAGCCUGAGAACAUUCUGUUGGAUGCAGAAUACAGCCCGAAACUGGGAGAUUUUGGUCUUGCAAAACUCAUAGGCAGACAAAAUAGUCGGGUUCUAACAACCAUGAGAGGAACUGUAGGCUAUCUAGCACCAGAAUGGUUUUCAGGUGAAGCCAUCACACCCAAAGCUGAUGUCUUUAGCUAUGGCAUGUUGCUGAUUGAGAUUAUAUCAGGAAGAAGAAAUAGACAAGGGUUAGAUGAGGGAUUAGAGAGUUUCUUUCCAAUCCAGGUUACAAAUAUAGUAACCAAAGGAGAAGAUGUUGUUACCUUGUUAGAUUACAGAUUGGAAGGGCAAGCAGACAAGGAUGAACUCACCCGGGCAUGCAAAGUCGCUUGUUGGUGCAUUCAAGAUGAUGAGAAGGAUAGGCCAAAAAUGAGGAAGGUUGUUCAAAUUCUUCAGGGAGUUUCAGAUGUUGGUAUACCUCCAAUCCCACAGUUCCUCCAGCGCCUUAAUGAGAAUCCAAUAGAAGCCACCAGUAGCCAGGAGACAAUUUGCACUUCAGAUUCAUCGGCAUGAUCUGAUGUCUUUUCUGCGUUCAAUCUAAAAUCAGCAACUAUUAUGUGGAAAUGAAUAAGAAUGCCCCUUUGGCCCUUUUGGAAAGUUCAAACCAGUAACCUCCAUACCUCCUCACGUUUUUAUUCACACCAGCUACAGAAGAUAUGUAUCAUAACAUAAAUUUUCUCAACCUCUAAUCUCGAUUGCCAGUAAAUAAAUUAUAAUGAGGAACACUGGCACUGAGAGCUUUUGUAUUAAGCAUCUGGAGAAUCCUCUUUCUCUAAUGAGGUUCACUUGAUUUAGAGUAUGUUUAUUAUUCAGUACUAGAUUGGAUCAGUA